CUUUUGUGUUAACACCUUUCGUAAAUAUUAUUUUUUUGUUCCGCUUUUGACAAUAUUUUUUUUCGAUAAUUUUCACCAACAAAGCACAUGUAUUUUUUACAUAGCAUAUUUAUAAUUGCCUACAAAAACUGCAAGUAAACAAGCCGCCAAAAAUGUAUAUUUUGACAACGAUUUCUAGCAUCGUAUUUUUGACAUUCUUAUAUUGCGAAUUUUUGGCGGACUUUGUGCAACUAACGCAGUGUAAAUGGCCUACACUUGCAUCGGGAAGUUUAAAAAAUGGGCACGGUUUAAAGGCGAUGAUAAUUGCAGACACACAUCUAAUUGGUCCCAUACGUGGGCACUGGCUAGACAGGUUAUAUAGGGAAUGGCAUAUGUAUCGUAGUUUUCAGGCCUCUAUGCAUCUCUUCGCACCUGAUGUGGUUUUUGUAUUGGGUGAUCUCUUCGAUGAAGGUGAUUUUGUUAAUAGUCGCGAUUUCGAACAAUAUGUUGCACGUUUCCAUCGUAUUUUUAAGACCCCAAGUAAUGUGCCUAUUAUUAGUGCUGUGGGCAAUCAUGACAUCGGAUUCCACUAUAAAAUGGAUAGCAGCUACAUCAAACGUUUUGCCACACACUUUAAUAACACAGGUGUAGAAAUGUAUACAAUCAAAGGAAAUCAUUUCGUUAUGAUUAAUUCCAUGGCAAUGCAAAAUGAUGGCUGUAGUUUUUGUAAUGCGGCACGCCAUGAUUUGAACCGAAUUUCUGAAAAAUUAAAAUGUCUCAAAAACGGCGUUAAAUGUGAUAAUAAAGAAAUUCUACAAAAACACAAAAUCUACAAUCGCCCUAUUUUAAUGCAACAUUUUCCCACUUAUCGCAAAUCGGAUGCCGUUUGUAGAGAACAUGAUGCACCAAACAUUGAAAACUUUCGCGAAAAUUGGGAAGUGCUCUCAAAACAAUCAACAGAUUUAAUAGGCAAACUACUAACACCGCGCGUUGCUUUCGCUGGUCAUAGUCAUCAUUAUUGCUUGAAUAUCAACCGUUUUGGCAUAGAAGAAUAUACAGUAGCUUCUUACAGUUGGCGUAAUAAAGUGGAACCGAGCUUUUUACUGGCUACUUUUAGCGGCUCGUCCUACGCUGUUGCAAAAUGCAAUAUGUUAGCGCAAAUGCAUGUCUACAAUACAUAUACAGUUAUUUCGACAAUAUUACUAGCAACUAGUAUUUUACUAAUUUAUCGCAAGUUCAGGAGUAUGAAAAGUAAAAAGGCUUGAAAAAUUAAUUAAACAAUAAGGUCGUGGGCUGUACAAUCACUAACCUAGUGAACUCCAAAGAGGUACCGGCGACGAAUGGUACAUUACGUAACAAAAAAUAAAUAAAUAAAAAACAACAAUUCCGAAAGCAAUAAAAAUUAAAUUUAAGUUAAAAAAGAACAAUCAAUUAUCAUUAUUACCUUAUUAUUAUUAUUAUUUUUAUUUUUUAUUCAAACCAAACAAUAUUAAUUUGUGAUAAAAUAUUUAUAUUUUUAUUUAUUUAUUAUAUUAUUGUAUUUGUUAUAACAUUUUAUUUAUUACGUUGUAAAGCAGAUACCAAGCGUUAUCACAGACGUUCAUAAUUGGCACGUAAGUGUACAUAUCUUGUUACUGAUUAUGAUAAUUUUUCAUAUUAGACUAUAAUAUGUAUACAAAUAUUAGUAUUUAACGAUUUAUAAACUGAUUGAAACAAAUUACGUACAUGUUUAGGAAGAAGACAGCACAUUUUAUGUAUAUAAUGUUUUUUUUUUCAUUUGGUAUGUAUGUAUAUUUAUUGUCCGAUUACAACAAAGUAUUUUGUUGUUUUUAUUUAGAAAUCUAUUAAAUGCGUUAUAUUUCAUAUUAUUGAGUUCUGUCUAAAUAUAACAAUUACGAAAAAAAACGAAUUAAUAUCCCAGCAUACAUUGAGGUCUGAAAAGCAAUUAUACAACUAGCUUUUAGUAUAUAAUAACUUCAUUAAUAUAACUACGAUUUCAAUGUAAUUAAUUUAUUUUCAUUUUUAAAAUAAGUUUGUAUAAACCAUAUUUAUUAUAAUAUUUAUAACAAACAUUAACCCGUUACCAGUGUAUGUAGUCAUUUAUAACUAAGUUAUAUACAUGCCAUUAACUAAUAUUAUUUUGUGCACAAUUUUAAAGCAAUUUAUUUAAUAUUUGAAAAUUAAAUUAAAUUGUUUUUUUUUAGUUUAAAAUAUUAAAAAAAAAAUUUUAAUAUUCUUUCAUGACAAGUUUAACGCGUUGUUGUUGUUGUGGAUAUAUAGACUUAUUUGGCUCACAGCAACAAAGACGUACUUCGUGUUGGCAAUUCUUUUUAUAUAUUUUAGGGCUCUUAAAAUUAUUCGAUUAACCUGAAAACCGAUUAUUCGAAUAUCCGGUUUUUAACCGCUCGUACGAAUAUUAACCGGUUAGUAUUAUUCGAUUAUUCGCAAUGUUACGACUAUUCGAAUAGUCGUUCUACUGCGGUUAUUCGAAUAGUUAUACUGUCACUAUUCGAAUAAAUGAAAAUUGUUUGAAAUACAAGCAACCUUUGAGUUUUGUUUGUUUUUACUUGUGAAAAUGUCAAUUGUGCGGAUUUUUCCUGUGUUUCACAUUUUUCAAUAAAAAUUUAAUGAACUUACACUAUUCGAAUAGUCGACGACGAACGGUUAACCGGAUAGUCGGAAAUGAGCGGUUAAUCGAAUAGUCGAUGGCUGACGACUAUCCGAAUA